AUGACACCCAAAGCGUUCGAAUUAAUCGGUGGCAACAGCCGUGCUGAGGACGUGAUUGCUUCUGCAGCGAAACAAUGUGGAGUGGACAGCAGCCAAGUAGAAGACAUAUACCCUUGCGCUCCCCUCCAAAAGGAGAUGGUCUUACAUUCACUAUCGGGCAGGAAAUCCCAGCUGGCUCGGGAGGUAGUGGAGCUCGCUAAGGAUCUGGAUGUCGCUCGCUUGCAGGACGCAUGGAAUCAUGUCUACCAACGUUAUCCAAUCCUGCGCACACGGUUCGUCCGGACUGAGUCGGGGGAUCUCGUGCAAGUUGUCGUCCGAGAAAACCUGGUCUGGCAGUCACAAACAGACCAUUUAACGACCGAUGCACAGCUCCUGCCUGCCCUAGGAAAGCGACUGGCUCACUGGGCGCUGACCCCGGGGGACAAAUCCUCGCCUAAUGGCCAUUUGAUCGUGACCAUACACCACGCUCUGUUCGACAGCAUCACGCUAGGUCAUAUCUUCAGCGCAGUCUUCGCAGCAUAUGAAGGCAUCCCGCUGCCCACGCAGCAACCCGUGCCCUUUUCGUCCUUCCUGGCUCUCCUGGCCAAGAACCAGGCCCAGAGACAAGACUCCCAUCGCUUCUGGCGCUCCUACCUCUCCAACUGCGCAGCGCCCACUUUCCCCGCCCUGCCGUCCCCAAACUACCACCCAAGCGCCAACCGAGGCUCCCAGCGUCACAUCCCACUCCCCGCGUCCGUCCAGCGCUCUCUACAGCAGCAUGGACUUACUGUGCCGACGCUCGUCCGCGGCGCAUGGGCACUCAUGCUGUCGAACCACUCCACCCCAGCCGGCGACGACGUGCUCUUUGCCUCCCUCCUACCCGGCCGCACCAUCCCCCUCCCCGACAUCGACGAUCUAGCCGCACCCACCCAAGCACACGUGCCAAUCCGCAUCUCCAUGCCGCGCGACGAACCACCCCCCGCCUUCCUAGUCCGCAUCCAGACAGAGGCAACGGCCAUGAUCCCGUUCGAGCAUGACGGGAUGGACCAGAUCUGCGCGGCGGACGAGCGCGUCCGCGACACGUGCAGCAGGAUCGGACACUUACUGGUGGUCCAGUCGCUGCCGGUUGAGGGCCCGCCGGCUGAGUUCCCUGGACGUAUUGUUUCGGGGCCCCGGGUGGAUGCGGCCGGGAUGGGGGAGUUCACUUGGUAUGGGCUGAUGGUGCAGUGUAUUAUUCUUCCGGGGGGAGUGUUGUUGCGCGCUAGUUUUGAUGAUUGUUUGCUAUCGGCGCCUGCUAUGGAAAAUAUUAUUGAUGACUUUGGGCGGGCGCUGGGGGAGUUGUCUGAGGGGUUGGCUGGCGUGUAG